AUGCCCAGCUCCAAAGGCGAGCCCACAGAUCCCGAACUCCGCGAGAAGAUCAAAGAGGAAGUCAAGAACGAGGAGAAAGGAGGCGGCAAAGGAUCCUGGUCGGCGUGGAAAGCUGGUGAACUCGCCCGUCGCUACGAGGCCCAAGGCGGCGAUUACAAGGACACCGGCGACAAUAAGAACAAGGCGCAGAAGGGGGCGCCUGAGAAGAAGAAAUGA